AUGGCAGACGAAAGCUCACAUGCGGAUGAAUUGCCUUCAACAGGCGCCAAAUUCACGCCUCGAGAUCGAACGAGUGAACCGGCAACACCAUCACUACCUGACGAUCUCUGGGUGACUGUACUGGACAGUCCAUGUACUUUCGGCCCAGAUGUCUUCUCAGAGGUGAUGCUCAACCUCAUCAAGAACCCGAACAUCACAGCCAGCCAUCUCUUUCGAGCGGAUAUACUUUAUGACGGCGACAACGGCCGGCGAACGGGAGGCGAAGCGUUAUUGAAACAGCUCAAAGCAGAAUACCAACCCAUUGAUGUUGAGCUACCCGGCUUCCAACGGACUAGGACAAUCGUCCGCCAACUCAUUCCAAGGAAUCCUCAACUGGACGCUCCGUUGACUCAAACAUGCCAUUUCUUCAACCAACAAGGAGAGCGGGAUGAGCGGAAUCUGGUGGUGUACGUCCCGCAUGUCCAGCGAGCAGAAGACGUGCCCUUCUACCAUCCUGCCGUCUCCCAGCUCGCAUUCGAGCACAUCUGGCGGAGACGUCCUCCUGAAGCUUCACCAUCAGAGGAAGGUGAGAGCUUGAUCUCGAUCUCCUACUGGCUGUGCCCUUCGACGUCUCUCACUACGAAGCUAUCGAGAACAGCUCUCCGACUGCUCCAAACCGUACACAAGCACGGCCAAGGCCAUCUUACGGGCUACGAGAAGCGAGUCCACCAUGACCAGGUUGUGCCUCAGAAGCGAUACCAGGAUACUUACGCCAGACUGAAGACGAAGUACGGCAAGCAGCUCGCCGAGCAGUGGGUUGAGGUUACGGAUCCUGGAAAGCAUGUCUUUGAAGACAUUGGGAUUGCUGCGUUUCUCAUCGAGCUGUGGCGAGACACUUACCCAUUCGACGGCAAGAAUGAUGUUGAUGGUCAGGAUGCUGGAACGGACCCAAAGCCCCGAUUCCCAGGCUUCGUGGAUAUCGGAUGCGGCAACGGCGUACUGGUGCACAUCCUUCUCAGUGAAGGCUACGAGGGCUGGGGCUUCGAUGCUCGCGAGAGGAAGACCUGGAGCAUCUUUCCCGAGCAUGUACAACGACGGCUCAAACGUAGGAUCAUGGUUCCAGAUACUUUUUAUCCAGAAGCCAGGAGCGAGAAAGCCACGUUAUUGCAUAACGGCAUCUUCGAGCCGGGCACAUUCAUCAUCUCCAAUCAUGCAGACGAGCUCACGGCAUGGACACCUUUGCUGGCGUAUUUGAACCGAUCGUCCUUCAUAGCCAUCCCAUGCUGCAGUCACGACCUAUCUGGGGCGCGAUUUCGAGCGCCUGCUUCUACAAAGGCCGGAAAAGAGAAUGCAGCCAGGCUGCCGCAACAAUCCAAGCCCAAUGGCGAGGUUUCAGAUACCGGAGAGCAGGGAACUAAGCAAGCAGCAGAGACCGGCUCACUCAAGCGUACGGAGGCUCAGAAGAAGAUGCCCUCCGCCUACUCGACGCUUUGCUCCUACGUCUCAAGCAUGUCCGAAGAUCUCGGCUUCGACCCUGAGAGAGAGGUCCUGCGGAUACCGAGUACUCGCAAUCAAUGCAUUAUUGGCCGAAAACAUCAUCAAGGCCAUUUGGAGGAGGACAUGGAGACACGCGGGCAGAAGGUCGUGGAUGUUGUUGAGCACGAGCUCAAGAGAUCAGUAGAUACUGUGGGAGCAGAGUGGAUCGAACGUGCUGAGAAGCUGGCGAGGAAACCUGCGAGUGGACAUUGA